UUCAUUCCCUUGUCUCUUUUGAAAUAACUUCCACUCACACUUCACUCUUCCAUUUCUACCCUUCCUCCGCCGCCGCAUGUCACCACCCGCCCCCGCCGCCGACUCCGGCGACAUCCGCCGCGACACUCCCGACGAGAUCAACGGUUUUCACAAUGACAAAAUCGUCACUCAUUCCACUCCACCGUCGAACCCUCCUUCCUUCCCCGGCGGCGCGUUCGUUAUUAUUCCGCCGGAGAUUCUCCGGCGUGUCGUCGUUGCUUCGGGUAAGGGUUUCUCGAUUGGAGCUGGUAUCAAAGGAGGUCUUGCUCUGUUCGCGAUCUUGGCGCGAUUCGCAAGAAAAAAACCGCCAAGGAAGGAGAUUGCGGUGACGAAUGGUGAAGUGAUUGUUACGGCUUUGAAGGAAACGUUGAGAUAUGGUUUGUUUCUUGGAACCUUCGCCGGAACGUUUGUUUCAAUGGAUGAAGUUAUUGCUGCUAUUGGUGGUCAUCGUAGGACAGCAAGGUGGAGGGCUCUGUUGGCAGGGGCUGUUGCUGGGCAGUCGAUGCUUCUGACAGGGUUAGAGGCACAACACACAAGUUUGGCCAUUUACAUUCUCAUGCGUGCUGCUGUCUUGGCUUCUCGUUGUGGGAUUAAGAGCGAACGGUUUGGGAGAAUUUGUAAGCCUCUCACAUGGAAGCAUGGAGACAUUUUCCUCAUGUGUCUCUCCUCCUCCCAAAUAUUGUCUGCGUAUAUAUUAAACCAAGAGAGUUUACCUGCUUCAUAUAAGUCCUUUCUCAAUAAACAUGGUGGAAAGGAUCCAGUUAUCUUACAAGGUGUAAAAGAUAUAGCCAGUGGCAAGCCUUUUACUAAUCUCAAUGCAAUAAAGAAAUACUACAAGACCAUGGGUGUCGACGUGAAAUUAGAUCCAAAUAUGAAAGUUCCGUGCACGAUUGUACAUGGGAAUCAAUCAUGUUCUGGGCACAUCAUUUCUUUUCUCAUUCAAGCCUACAAAAGAGCAUUACCUGUUUAUCUUCCAGUUUAUCUGAUACCGGCCCUAAUAGUUCACAGAAAAGGACUUUUACAAAGACCUUACACAAUAUUGGCAAAGGGUCUUAUUGGCACUGCAAGAUCAAGCUUAUUUCUGUCUGUGUAUUGUGCAUCUGCCUGGAUGUGGACCUGCUUUCUGUUUAGGAUCUUCAAAACAUGUAAUGUUCCAAUGGUGGCCAUGGGAACGUUCCCACCUGGCCUAGGAUUAGCGAUUGAAAAGAAAAGCAGGCGAAUGGAGAUAUCAUUAUACUGCCUUGCCCGGGCUAUUGAGAGUUUCUUCACAUGCAUAGCUGAUGCCGGAUAUCUGCCACAGUCUAGAAGGAUUAAAAGAGCUGAUGUUGUAGUUUUCAGCUUAUCAACAGCCAUCAUAAUGCACUGCUAUGCACAAGAAAGGGAUGUGUUCAGAUCCAAAUAUUUGAAUGUUCUUGAUUGGGUUUUUGGUGUUCCACCUCCUGCAUGUGAAACUCCGCGAUGCAAAGAUACCUAAGCGAAAAAAGUAAAGGCCCAUGAAGUUAUUUGUCUGAAAAAAUUGCUCUUGACUUGAUGGUACAUAUUUGGUGUUGCCUUCUCAAAGUGAAUGGUGGCCUAGGAACCUGAAUUUUGCCUUGAGCAGCGAGAACUAUAAUGAUUACUUGAACAUAUGAUAAUAGUACCAGAAGCAUUAUGUAAACUGUUGAAGAUUGAAGGCGAUCCGGCUGAUUCUUGCUGCUUGAUACUCUUCAAGCGAGGAGCACAUAUAUAUUCAUUUGAACUCUGAUCUUAUUCGUCGGAGUUACACAGAGAUGAUCAUUUCUAAAAGCACCAAGGAUCAACUCUUCUGCAUUCCGGAUCUGUUUCCUACCAUACUACAUCACACCAUUUGUCUCCUAAGCAGCAAAAAAAAAUGUGUUGAACUAAUUUGUAUUUUACAAUCAGGUUUCAUUACGUCUUGUAUCCCUAGCAAUGUUAGGUGUUUAGGAUGGGAUAGGGAUACUCUAGUAAUUUUUCGGUAGGAAAGAAAGAGACAAAAAAUAAAUAUUAUUUUUUGAAACAGAAAUAUAAUAAAUCAUAUUUUUUAUGUA